AUGUCGACCAGAAAGCAACAGAUGGAGAGCAGUGAAGUGAGGAAGGUAUCUAGAGACUACUGCGUGCUUACUAGGACUAUCGUUGCUGGCACUGCAGAGGUCUCACAAGCGUCUGUGGCGCAUCUAUUCAGUGAGAUGGUUUGUUACGCUGUACGGCGGCAAGGGCCAGAUAAUGAGCAUCUAGAGAGUAAACUGCAUAAGAUGGGCGCCUCUAUGGGGCCGGGUUUGCUGGAACUAACGUAUAUGAGGGAUACUUCUCGGAAUAUGUCGCGAAAGCGAGAUUAUAAGGUUUUGCCCCUGUUAUAUCACAUUGCUACUUAUCUUUGGAAGGCUCUGUUUGGUCAUGAAGCUGAGGUUUUAACAACAGACCAAGAAUGUGAGUUCUAUUUAGCUGAUAAACAGUGGAUAUUGAACAAGUUCAUCUCCUUACCGCCCGUCUCGGACGACUCAGACGACAACUUUGUGAAUUGUGCCGCGUUCGCCGCUGGUCUGAUCGAGGGAGCGAUCAAUGCUGUUGGCAUGCAAUGUAAAUGCACGGCGGCUUACACCAGUGAGGACCCCGAGACUGACCCUAUGGCAAUUACUAUUAUUGUAGAUUUCGACAGAAGUGUUAUUGAUCGACAGAAGCGAGUAGGGGCUGGUGGAAGUGCCUUAGUCGGCACUAUAUAG